GUGAUAAGUCUGCAAACUCCUACAGCGUCUCUCUUCUCUUAUCUCCUGUUGUGUCUGUUUGGGAUUGUAUCGUUCGUAAAAUGAGCUAGACGAACAGAGAGGUUGUACUAGUCAUGGAUAAUAGUAGCUUAAUGCGUCAACAAGAUCAGCCGAUUGUUGGAGAAGGGAAGAAGAAGAAGAAGCAAGGGAAAGAUGAAGCGGAUAGAAUCAAACAAGCCGAGAAGAAGAAGCGACGUCUUGAGAAAAAUCUUGCUGCUUCUUUAGCGAUCAGGGCUGAGCUAGAGAAGAAGAAACAAAGGAUCAAGGAAGGACAUCAAGAAGCAGCAGAUGAAGAAAGCUGGGCCAAGAAGAUGAAGCAGGAGAAAGACGAGCUGGAGCGUGUCAAACGAGCGGAGAAGAAAAAGAUUCGUCUGGAGAAAUCUCUUGCUAAUUCUGCAGCUAUCAGGGCUGAGUUAGAGAAGAAGAAGCUUAAAAAGCUAGAGGAACAAAGAAGAUUGGAUGAGGAAGGUGCCGCUAUUGCAGAGGCUGCUGCUCUGCAUGUCUUACUAGGCGAGGACUCUGAUGACUCGUGUCGAACCAUGCUAAACCAAGAAACGGGGUUCAAGCCUUGGGAUUGUACUGCCAAACUCAAUCUUUCUACAAGCGGAAGAAACGGGUUCUUUCCUCACCAAGCGGUUCACAGAAGCAGAGUAAGUGACUGUAACUGGUCAGUCUCAUAUGAGCCUUCUGCAAGGGGAUGGGAUAACAGUAACAUGGGAUUAUCGGCUGAUUUGAUUGCUGCUCAAGCUGUUUCAUCACUGCAGAUUUCUGAGAAUGCUAUUGUGGACGCAGUUGUCUUCAAUGGAAUGUUCAGACGAUGACAGUAGCACCAUAUUCCCAGAGAAUUAAUAUUACUUUUAUAUCUCAAUUAGUAUUUAUAACUACAGUGAUCUCGUCUACACUUGUUCAUCACCGUACCCGUUGAUGGCGGUUGAAGACACAUGAGUUUGAAGCUAUACAAACCUGUCACCUCUCAUCUUUCACUUGAAGCAUGUGACAUGAUGUCCUAAAAGAAGACUUUGAGAAACAACAUAAAUCGUUUUCUUUAAUUAGAAUCUACUUUGGAGAGUCAUGCUUAUCUUUUAGAUGGCAUAGUAUUAGUUUUCCUGCAAAUUAGUUCUCUUGUCUUUACAGGCUACAGCUAACUAGUAUGUUUGAAAUGGUAAUUUCGUGCAUUUCAUGAACAUUCAUUAUUAGGAGUUACACAGAAUGAAACAUCUAAAUACAAAGACGAAAAGGUUGUUGUACCUUAUGCUUGGCAA